AUGGCAAGGCUAUGGGAAAGACACUCCGAGACAACAACCCCACAGCAGCAUGAGCAGCGAGCCGACAUCGAAUGCGCACUCCCUCUGCACCCGCCUCCUCCUGCCAACCCCUUCCUCCACUCACAUCACACCGCCUCCCCCCACCCUCAAUCCCGCCGCUGCCUCCCCUCGCACCUCUCUCUUCCCACCCCUCCCCUGGCCGCCUCCCUCACCCACUCCUUCCCCAUCCCUGAACGACUGUGGUCCUCCCCUCCAUGCUCCUCCCCUCCAUGGCUCCUCCCCUCCAUGCUCCUUCCCCUCCAUGCUGGGAGCAAGCGACCAUCCGCACUCGCACCACCUCUUGCCCUGAAUUCCAGCCCUCACCACCCCUUAUCUCACCACCCCUUAUCCUCACCACCCCUUAUCUCACCACCCCUGCUGCUAUGUGCUGCAUCACCCCAGGCAGCAGGUGGUGCCAUUCCAGCAGGCACGAGGCAGAUGGGCAGGUCACCUGAGCUGGGCCAUGGUGGGCGGAGGCAGCGAUUAGCGCUCGACAUGACAGCAGAGGCGGGUGUUACCUGCCAGCAGAGGCGGGUGUUUACCUGCCAGCAGAGGCGGGUGUUACCUGCCAGCAGAGGCGGGUGUUACCUGCCAGCAGAGGCGGGUGUUACCUGCCAGCAGAGGCGGGUGUUACCUGCCAGCAGAGGCGGGUGUUACCUGCCAGCAGAGGCGGGUGUUACCUGCCAGCAGAGGCGGGUGUUACCUGCCAGCAGAGGCGGGUGUUACCUGCCAGCAGAGGCGGGUGUUACCUGCCAGCAGAGGCGGGUGUUACCUGCCAGCAGAGGCGGGUGUUACCUGCCAGCAGAGGCGGGUGUUACCUGCCAGCAGAGGCGGGUGUUACCUGCCAGCAGAGGCGGGUGUUACCUGCCAGCAGAGGCGGGUGUUACCUGCCAGCAGAGGCGGGUGUUACCUGCCAGCAGAGGCGGGUGUUACCUGCCAGCAGAUGCGGGUGUUACCUGCCAGCAGAUGCGGGUGUUACCUGCCAGCAGAGGCGGGUGUUACCUGCCAGCAGAGGCGGGUGUUACCUACCAGCAGAGGCGGGUGUUACCUGCCAGCAGAGGCGGGUGUUACCUACCAGCAGAGGCGGAUGUUACCUGCCAGCAGAGGCGGGUGUUACCUACCAGCAGAGGCGGGUGUUACCUACCAGCAGAGGCGGGUGUUACCUACCAGCAGAGGCGGGUGUUACCUACCAGCAGAGGCGGUGAGGCGGGGAGCAGCAGAACGUCACACAAAGAAAAGGUCGCCCCCACUGACACGCCCGGGGGAUGGGACACGGCGGUCGCAUGCUUUGCAUGCUGGGGUGGAUGA